AUGGCUAGCCCUAACGAGCACGACAUGGCUGCUCAGCAAGAGGCCGCGAGAGCCUAUCAACCGACUCAGGAUGCUCUACCUCAAACAUACAUCUCGUACCGCCCCAUCAAGGGCGAUGGCAACUGCGGAUGGAGAGCCAUCGGCUUCUCAUAUUUUGAAAAGCUUGUCGAGGGCGGAGACGCCGACCAGAUCGAGGGCGAGGCCGCCCGUCUCAUGAGCAUGAAUCAUUUUCUCGGCGGCUACAAUUUCUUCGAGGACUGGGCCGACGAGGCUAUUGGGCUCCUCCGCGAGCUGGCCGGCUGUGUGACUGAUACUCAAAAAGCUCGUGCCCUCAUCCAUGAGCGCUGGACAGAUGCGAACGUCGGUGCCUACCUUAUCUACUACCUGCGCGUCCUUGCCGCCGCCCAUCUCAAGGCCAACUCGGACCAGUACGACCCCUUUGUCCCCGACGGUCAAGGCAUCGGCACCUACUGCACUCAGUCCAUUGAACUUCCUGACAGGGAGAUUGAACAGCUCGGCAUCAUUGCCCUGUAUAAUUGCCUCCUCAAGCCUCUCGACUUUGUCCUCGAGAUAGCCUACCUCGACCGCAGCCCCGGCGCCGAGGUCAAUACGUAUCGCUUCCCGGAGGAGGCCAACGGCAAGGACAUUGCAACUCUCGGGCCCAUGAUCCAUUUGCUCUACCGCCCAGAUCACUACGAUAUUCUGUACCGUCGGCCAACAGUGCCAUCUCUCGUGCCAGCUCCGGAGCCGGUUCCCGUCUCCAUGCUAGUAAACCGCGCCACCAAUUUUUACUCCCAUACCCCCAUCAACAGCACACACAAUAGUCUCGGCGCCUUUUCGACAGCCGAUUUUGGCCUUUUGGCAUCUCUGCCGUCUGCCCCCACAUCAAGCAUGACGACACUCUCCUCUCCAGGUGACAUGCAGACGCCGUCGUCGUGCGGCUCCUUUGCGCCAGAUGGGCAGUGGAUGCCGUCGCUCCUCACACACGCCUCGCCGAAUGCCGACGCCGACGCCAUUCCGUGUCAAAGGUCCCAUCCAUCCGUCACCGAGAAUGCACUUGCAUUGUCCAGCUCCUUCAAGCCUCCGCCGCCCGACUCGGAGUGCAACAUUCGCUUCACCAAGAUGCACCACCACCAAGAGGACAGUAGGAGGGCGCUGCUCGGCCCUUUCCCCUUCAACGUCACCACCACCACCUUUAAGAAUAGCGUCUGGAACAGGGCACACUUUGGCAACCCGGAAUUCCGCCCUGAGCAGUGGCGGCCGGGCGACGACAGCUCUGACGACCGUCAUGGCGCUCGUAGGAAGAAGGGAGGCGCCAAAGAAACGUGA